AUGAGAAACCACACGUUGGUGACCGAGUUCAUCCUGCUGGGAAUCCCUGGGACGGAGGGACUAGAGACAGUCCUUUUCACCCUGUUCUUCUCAUUUUAUUUGUGUGUCCUCCUGGGAAAUGCGCUCAUCCUUACAGCUAUCAUCUCUUCCUCUCAUCUUCACACCCCCAUGUAUUUUUUCUUGGGAAACCUCUCCAUGUUUGACCUGGGUUUCUCUUCAACAACCACUCCCAAGAUGCUGUUAUACCUUUCGGGACAGAGUCCAGUUAUCUCUUUCCAGGGCUGUGUUGCCCAGCUCUUCUUCUACCAUUUCCUGGGCUGCACGGAGUGUUUCCUGUACACGGUGAUGGCCUACGACCGCUUUGUUGCCAUAUGUCACCCUUUGAGAUACACGGUCAUCAUGAACCGCAGAGUCUGCUCCACCCUGGCCACUGGGUCCUGGAUGGGUGGCUGCGUCCACACUAUUAUCCUAACCUCCCUCACCUUCCAAUUACUCUACGGUGGCUCGAACGAGGUGGGCUAUUACUUCUGUGACAUACCUGCCGUCUUACCUCUAGCUUGUGAAGACACAUCUCUAGCCCAGAGGGUAGGUUUUACAAAUGUUGGUCUUGUGUCUCUCAUUUGCUUUUUUCUCGUCCUUGUUUCCUAUACUCGCAUCGCGAUCGCUAUAUCAAAAAUUCACUCAGCAGCAGGCAGACAACGAGCAUUCUCCACCUGCAGUGCUCACAUCACUGCCAUCCUUUGUGCUUAUGGGCCAGUGAUCGUCAUCUAUCUACAACCCAACCCCAGUCCCUUGCUUGGUGCUAUAAUUCAGAUAUUGAAUAACCUUGUAACCCCCAUGUUGAACCCACUGAUCUAUAGCCUGAGGAAUAAGGAUGUAAAAUCAGCCCUGAGGACUGUAUUUUCCAAGAGAGGAUUCUCCCUGGAGAAUAAAUGA